UGUUAUCAAAGAUGUUGUUUGCGUGACGUCACAUGAUGCGCCGACAGCGAAACGAAAGUGAAUGUGAGCGCGGAUCUGCUUUGCUUCAGUGCAGAAUGAAGCUCAGGGUGAGAAUCAACAAACAGAGCAGCAGACUGGAGCUGGACGGACCGGAACCGACGCUGUCCGAGCUCAGAGCCCGGGUCAGAGACGAGCUGCUGCCUCGCUGCGGACUGCGGUCUGAUGUGGACUUCAGUCUGUCUCUGAACGGAAAGGAGGUUCUGUUGGACACGGGACAGACGCUCUCUUCGUGUGGGGUUGUUUCUGGUGAUAUGAUCACUGUGGUUUUGCCUGAGCAGGUACAGACUGUCCCAGAAGCCCCGAGCGGAGCAGGAGCCGCAGCCGCGUCUAGUGAGGAGGUGAGGUGUGUCUGCGGUGGAUCGGACAGCAGCGGUGUGAGGGAUUCUGGGAUGGAGGAGUGGAUGGAGGAUGAGGAGGGUGUGUCUCCGCCGCUGCUGUGCUGUGAGACGGAGGAUGGAGUGGUUCCUCACGCUCUGGAGCGACUGCUGGACUCGUCCAGCUGCAGAAACCCGUCCGACUGUCUGAUGCUGACGGUGCAUCUGCUGCUGCUGGAGACCGGCUUCCUGCCGCAGGGUUGUAAUGUGAACUCAGGAGAGAUGCCGAUUGGCUGGCGGGCUGCAGGGGGCGUGUACAGACUUCAGUAUGCCCACCCACUUCUGGAGAACAGCCUGGUGUCGGUGGUCGCCGUGCCGAUGGGCCGAACGCUGGUCAUUAAUGCUGUUCUUAAGAUGGACAAGACUUUGGAGAAUCCACGCAAGCUGGUGCUGAAACCAGAUGAUUAUGUGACUGCUGACUGGGCAGGUGGCUGCGCAGGCGUGGUCUACACAGACCUGCGCAGACUGUCUCGUCUCUUUAAAGAUCAGCUGGUGUAUCCGCUCAUGGCCGCCGCCAGACAGGCGCUGGGUCUGCCGGCUCUCUUCGGUCUGGCUGUUCUUCCUCCUGAGCUGCUGUUGCGUGUGUUGCGGCUGCUGGACGUCGUCUCUCUCGUCUCGCUGUCGGCCGUGUGCCGAGACCUGAACGUCGCUACCCAUGAUCCUUCACUCUGGAGACACCUGCUGCACAGAGACUUCAGGGGUAACACACACACACACACACACACACACUCUCACCCGCAGACAGACACUCAACAUGUGUCCCUUCCUGCAGGAAUCACACCGAGAACACUGACUGUAAGGAGGUGA